UUCUCCUUGGUUUGGUGAGUCCCCACCAAACCAGCGAAUCAUUUUGUUUUGGUUAUAUGGUUCUAUUUUGUAUAUACUCCUAUGUACUUUGCAUGUCAAUUAUUUUGUUUGGUUGAGGGCAUCUAGAGAGUUAUGUAGACAGUCUAGCUAACAGGUAACUCGGCGGGUGACUCGUAACUCAGGGCCUGGAGUUGGCGACUCCUUAGGCGCUCGCUGGGAUGCCGCCGGCAACCCCCUUGCCGUUAGAUCGGCGGGUGGGAGGCCGGUUUUGGGCGUUGGCCGACGAGGGAGAUGAGGGGGAAGGCAAAGAGGAGGAGGAACGGGCGCAAUCCAUGGCGGAGCAGCCAAGCUCGCCGGAGUCUGAUGGAUCUCAUUCGACGAUGAUCUGCGAGCUCUUGAACGAGGGUUAUGACGAAGAUGAUCUGCAGAUGCUGGUGGAGAAGCUAGUGCCGCCGUCUGAUCCGGCGAGAGACGGACUUGCAGCAGAGGACCACAAGGAAUUGAUCAGGCGGAUUGUGCUGCGUCGCACAUCGUCUCGGCCAUGGCGAGGCCCCAUACCUAAGGUAAGGCUGCCAGCACUUACUUUGGGUGAUUUUCUAACUCCUGGUGAUUGGUUGCAGGUUCAACGGCGGCGGAAGGGACGGCGGCCGGCGAUGUCACCGGAGGCGGAGACGAGUCAGAUCUCGAUCCGGGAGGCACGGACGGAGCGUUUGAAAUUUUUGCUGGGCCACAGUGGGCCGGAUUCGGGUGUGGGCCAGGUUGGCUCAGGGCAUGCGGCCUCGAGUAUCGUUCCUGAGCAUGCGGCUCAGUUGGUGAUCGACGAGCCUAGCGAGUUACAGAUCGCAGCCCAACCCAACAUGGGCAUGCCUAGGGUUCGACCGACGAGGGCAAAGCCUGGGUUUCGAUCCUGCGGGAACAGACGAGCGCUGCGGGUUCGAGCGAACGCGCCGCCCCUCGAUAGAGCCUCCUUUGCGGUGGUUCUGAUGGCGGGGAGGGGAUCGGAUCAGGCUGGAGCUUCGGGAUCAGGGCUGGGCCGAACUAAUAACAUCGCUGCUAAUGGCGGGCGCGGUGGAGUUGCUGGCGGCGGUGAUCGCGGCGGAGCGGAGGCUCGUGGAGGACUUGCGGGGAGAGAUACUGGAGCUGGGUACGGCCGUGCCGCCGGAGCUGGCGGAGGUGCGCAGUAUGGACGCGGCGGGCAUGGCAACUUUGUGGCCGGCGAUGCUCGCGGAGGGGCGGUCGGAGGUGGUCAUCGGGCUCCAGUGCGCCAAGUUGUAGGAGAGGGACGUGGAGUAUCGUCCGGCGCUGGUCGUGGCGAUGCCGGCGGACAUGCUUUUCGCGCCCCGACUGGCGGUUUCGUCCAAGGACCGGCAGGUUCGCAGCAAUACGUACCUCGCCGGGGAGGCUUCUUCAGAGGCGGGCGUGGUGGCGCUGGCAGAUUUGGCCGGAAUGGUCCCCGUGCCCCGCACCGUUAUCCACCACCUCGCCGCGAUCCCACGCCAACUAAUGAUCUGGCUGCAACGUCCGCGAAGGACAACGUGCAUGCGAAUUUGGUAGCUGACACACCGGCUGAUAAGAGGCUUCCCGCGGAGGCGACUGCGGUGGUUCGGGAGCUUGCGAACGUGGUUGUUCCGGCGGCACAGACGCCGGUGGAGAAUGCGUCGGACAAGGGUGAUACUGAUAAGAUGAACAAAGGUCAGCGUAAGAGGGAAAAGACAUAUUGUUAUCGUUGUGGAGAACCUGGGCACUAUGCGGUGGGUUGCACGACGGAGCUUUGUGACAUUUGUUUGCGACCGAAACAUGAUGAAGCAUGUCCUCUUUUGUCAGCUCCUAAGCCGGUGGUGAACUUAUAUGGUGUGUGUGACGAAAAACUUAUGUUCUUUGAGACUCCAACUAUGAGAUCUUGUAGACCACGGUUGGAGAAUGCUAGAACUGGCAUCAUUCGAGUGACUAAGGGCACUCUUUCGGAGGAUCAGAUUAUUUUACAACUCAAGAGAUUAGUCUCCAGCUCGUUUCAAUGGGUUCUCGUUCGGAUUGAUGAGAUGACGUUUAAGGUUGACUAUCCCACGAAAUAUGAUCUUGACAAGAUUAAUGAGUUUGGCAUGUGCAAAGUUCCUGGCAGUGCAUGUAUUCUAGAGUUUGAUGAGUGGAAGCGCAAUGAUCCGGUGGGAGUGCCGCUUGUUCAGAUUUGGGUCAGAUUUUUUGGCCUACCCCCAGAACCGCUUAAUGACUAUUUGGAGACUUGGAGCCUAGGGUCUCUUAUUGGAAAGACUCUGGAGGUCGAUAUGCCUUUUACGCGUAUGCAUGGCAUUGCACGUAUGCGGGUGGGAGUUUUGGAUGCGAAUGCGGUCCCCUGCUUUUUAGGUUGGGUUUAUGAUGGCAUGAGUUAUGAUCUGAGAGUUGAGAUUGAGGGAGUUCCGAUGAUCCAAGAUGUAGACAAAGGCAUGAGUACUGAUAGUGGGACUGAUGGUGGUGACGGCAGGCAGGAUGAUCUUAUGGACCAUGACCAGCCUGCAAACAAUUCAGUUACUCCCGGGGGGCAGGAUAAGGAGUCCGAGGCCCCAGUGGGCAAGGCCUCUGGUUCGGCGCCCGUAGCAGGUCUUCGCCGUGAGGUGCUGGAUGCGAUAGUGCCACCAUCUCGGAUUCUCACAACAUUGAAGGAUGAUGACCACACUCCUAUGGAUGCGAGAGACACGACCCCCGCACCCAUAUCUGAGUCAGGACUUCGUUUUGGGUCUUUUCGAGCUGUUUCGGCACCUGGGCGUCUGUGGGGAGAUCGGAUGGAGCGAGAUGACCCCGUUGAGCAUGUUUUACCUCCGUUAUCUCCUGUCCGGUUUUUGUUCGAGGGUGGUGAGGCUAUGGCAGAACCGAUGUCAUCUAAGGGAAGCGACUCGAGGCAGGCGGCCCCAGUUCAUCUUUCUUCGGCGGACGUCACACCUCGGCUUGCUACUCCUUCACCUAAACGACCGCACGAGGCGGAUGUGGUCGUGGAGGGGUAUGGGCUUUCUUCUGCUAUAACUCCGAUGGAGGAUGCGGCUUCUACACAGGUGUCGCAGGAGGCGACGACGGUGGAGGUGCCGGCUUUGGGUACGGGUCCGGAACCGGAGCCGAUGGUGGGCUUUCCGGUGCUACCUUCCGCACCUCAGACUGGACGGGGGACGUACUCUUCUAUCCCAGAGGUGGUGGCCUUUGGGGGUAUUCCAGAUCCGGCGUUGGGAGGGAGGCGCUCCAGCCGGCGUAUCCAGGAGCAGCCGGAUGCGGAUGAGUUUCAGCUUGGCCGCGCCAUGCGGAUGGCCAAAAUCCGCGACACGGAGGCUUCUACAGGUCAUCUUCAGAGCGUCUACUUGGAUCCGUACGUGGUCAUUACUCAGUCGUGCGGACCACAGGGAGCAUAUGGAUAUUGGGUGCAGCCGAUGGGAGAUGGUUGCACGGGAUACUUACAACCGGUUUGGAUGGCGGUCCAAUAAUAGGAUAGACGUUUAGUCUCCUAGUUUUGCUGGCGCCGGUUGUGAUUUUUAUUUUUGGCCGCUUGUGGCUUUUCUUCGCUUAGUACGACCUUUGUUUAUUUUUGAGACCUCCGUUUGGAACCUUUGAAACC